AUGCUGGACUGGAGAUUAGCAAGUGCGUAUUCCAUCCUGGCUAUGACGCUGAUGAUGUGGAGCUCAGGAAAAGUGCUCUCAGUGGAUGUAGCAACCGAGGCCUUUGAUUCUGCAGUCACAGAUGGACAGUCACCACCCACAGUCAGGGAGGAGAAAUCAGCCACUGAUCUAGCAGCAAAACUCUUUCUUCUUGAUGAACUGGUGUCCCUGGAGAAUGAUGUGAUUGAGACAAAGAAGAAAAGGAGUUUCUCUGGUUUUGGGUCUCCCCUAGACAGACUCUCAGCUGGAUCUGUAGAUCAUAAAGGUAAACAGAGGAAAGUAGUAGACCAUCCAAAAAAGCGAUUUGGUAUCCCCAUGGAUCGGAUCGGUAGGAAUCGACUUGCAAAUUCAAGAGGCUAA